AUGCUCGAUCUCGAAGUGACUCCGGAGCGUUCGCUCGGUUCUACUACGGAGAAUUGGGAAUUUGUUCUAGGAAUGCACUUUUCUCAAGCUGUUGCCAUCAUUCAAUCUCAAGUAGGAAUUAUUAAAGGCGUACAGGUUCUUUAUUCGGAUACGAACCCACUUAAUGUAGAUAUUAUCAUAAACCUGCCCCAGGAUGGGAUCCGUCUAAUCUUUGACCCCGUUCAGCAACGGCUGAAGACGAUCGAGGUGUUCAACAUGAAGCUGGUGAAGCUGAAGUACUGUUCCAUGCCGUUCAACUCCCCCGAAGUAGUGCCAUCGAUUGAGGAGAUCGAACAUUCGUUCGGAGCAACUCAUCCCGGCGUGUACGAUGCAGCAAAGCAACUAUUUGCGCUGCAUUUUCGCGGGCUGAGUUUCUAUUUUCCGGUAGAUAGCAAGCUACAGCCUGGCUACGCACACGGUCUUGGUUCGCUGCACUUUCCGAGUGGUGCCUCACCAGUUGUGUCCAAAAUGGCCAUUUACUCCGGUGUAAACGUAGUCGAAAGUCGUCCACCGGCACUCCCCCUGUCUUGUUACCAUCAACAACUUUAUCUUGAAGCCGCAACCGUGCUUCGGAAUGCACACGGUUCGAGAGGACUUCGGUUGCAGUUGUAUACUGAGGGCUCGAUUCGUUCAUUAGAACCCCGGAAACAGUGCCUAACGCGUGAAAUUCUUUUUGGUGAUAGCUGCCAAGACGUGGCUAGCAAUCUUGGUGCUCCUUCAAGGGUGUUUUUCAAAAGCGAAGAUAAAAUGAAAAUCCAUUCGCCAAGUGCCCAUCGCCGUGUUCAAUCUAAGCGCAGCGACUUCUUCUUCAACUACUUUACAAUAGGCAUCGACGUCCUGUUUGACGCACGAACUCACAAAACAAAGAAGAUUAUCAUGCACACAAACUAUCCUGGCCAUUACAAUUUCAACAUGUAUCACCGAUGCGAGUUUCAGUUGCAGCUGGCUGCGGAUAACAUAACAUUAAAUUGGUUUGCAUAUUCUAUUCACUAUAGAGUCACCGAAGAUGCGCCGUUGGAUGCUCCCGUAACGAUAACUGCCUAUUCCAAGUGGGAUGCGAUCGCAUCUCGCUUGGCGCCGGCUGAACGACCCGUCGUUCUGCAUCGGGUUGGUUCGACGAAUACGGCAAACGUUUUUGGUUCAACCUUUAGUUACGGGUAUCAGGAUAUCAUUUUCGAGGUAAUGCCCAACAACUAUAUCGCUUCGGUUACACUUUACCACCCACCGGCUCCGUAUCAUGUGGCCGAUUGGAAUGCCACGACUGGCAGCUAUAGUAUUGGCAGCAGUGCCAGCACGCCGAUGCGCAACAGCGGUCGCAACGUGCUCUUGCAAGAGGUUCAAUCCAGCCAGACCAACAUUCGCAUCACAGCAUGACCUACGGACAAACGAAACAAUGCAGUAGCACACGCAGUACUCUAGGACAGAGUUGUGAACUGCAAUUGCGACUAAGAUGUGCAAAGCAUAAACAUGUUAUUUGUUAGUUCUUCGCCGUUACACGCAUUCGCUUGAAAUCACUAACCAUUCGCAUCAUCUUUGUCAGCCCAAAUCCAAUAUUUCCACAGCCAUGUUCAACAUAAAAAAGAAUUCUAUCGAGGGCACUGAAACCGACAUACAACUAAAAACGUAGUGAAUUAAAAUUCAUUCAUCUAUUUCUUCUCAAAGCAUCGUAUCAUUCGUCAAGUCAUGCUCCUCUCCUUUUGGGUUUGUCUAGCUUUACCCUCAGGUGAAGAAGAGUAGAGUAAAAUCUUAAUUUUUUGACUAACGUCGUUAAUAUGCUCUAGGCUUACAAGGAACUUUAUCGUUAUACAAAAAAACUUUCAUUUUUCUUAUUUAACAUUCUCUGCUAUUUAAGAAAUUUCGUUGCUUCGGUAUAGAUCGUGAUUAUCCGUAUUUUAAUACAGAUAAAAUACUAAAGUUACGAGUUAGAUAUGAGCGGAACUAGUUUGUUUAAGAAUUCCAAUUUAUCGGAUAGCUUUAAGAGCAAGCAACAUAAAAACAAACAAAAAAACAUUAAAACUGGAAAACCUAAGCUUAAGGGUGAUAUAACAGGCAAAAUGACAACAACAACAACUAAACAGAUCGUCAACUAUACUACCAAAAAUGUACGUAAAAAAUGUAAAAAAUAUUUCUAGUAUAAACCCACUAAAAAACCUAACGGUCGUGUUGAAACGGGCAGCUUUAGAUGCCUUCUUAGCACGCCGGAAUAGCAGAUAUGAUUCGCGAGUCCUUCUUGGUUCACCGUUUUGAGGUGCCAGCUGACUAAAGAAGAAAAAGAUUACCGAAGCGCGGGAAAGCUGUAAUUGUGAUUUAAAAUAUCUUUUUAUUUUGUGUAAAAAGAUACCAUAAAAAUAUAAAAAAAGAAAUAAAAGAAAAAAUUGAUUUAUAGUGAAUAAGACCUCUUAAAACCAUUUGUUCAA